UUUUCAACCAUUCUCUCCAUUAUUUCUCACAAAAACACUUAUGUGGAUAUAUUGGGUCAUCUAAAAAGUAUCCGCGGUUUUUUGUCACUAGAUGGCGUUGAUGGUCAUAUAUCUAAUGACAAAAAACCGCGGAUACUUUUUAGAUAACCCAAUAUGUGUCUUUUCUCAAUGUGGAUUAAACCCAAAUGAUUGCGUAUCAGUCAUCCCUGCGAGAAUGCAAAUCUUGCCGCCAAAUGUCACUCCAGCUGGCAAGUGGCAGUUGUGGCGCGGUAGUGUGUCGUGGGUCACGUGCUCAUUGUUGACGUCGCGUUCCGUUACUUCUUGUCGCUUUUUUUAACUAUUUUUAACUGCGAGAACUUAUCGAGAUUGUGACGGUGCAAAACGGUCGCAUUCGCGUUCAUUAUCAUCGUUCUGGUAUUCUUACAACAAUCAUGAUAUCUACGAUAACGAACGGCACUCGUCGUCGACGUCGUCGUUAUCGUUCGACGCUCUGAUAGCCGCAAAAAUCUGAGAUAUCUACGAAGCUCCGAGAGAUAUCUACCAAUCAUCGAGAUUGUUGACAAGUGGCAACGAAAUGUCACAGCGUGUAAAGUGUUAUCAUAAAACACGAAUUGCCGUGAUGACCUCGCGCAUUUUGAGGUUAAACCCGCCGUUCUUCACAUGCUUGUCGCGUUCGUUCCAUCGGCGAGAGCCCUAACUCCUCGGACACACUGGACGACGCGAAAGAGCGCGAUGACAAUGGCGUUCUUGCAACGAUAACUGCAUUAACUGCUACCUCAUUGAGGAGCGAAUACUUAAACGUGGCACAUUACCUUGUUUCAGUUAUCGUGCAAUAUGGCUUUGUUGCGAUAUUUAUGGGUCUUCUUGUUAUUACCAGUUUUGACACGCGUUCAGGGAGACCUUAGAACAUCAACGCAGGAUUUAAAAGUACAACUCAAUCAACAGAGCUCGUUCAACUUAUCACUGACGGAACCGUUAGAACCUGAUAGCAAAACUGCAAACGUUACGAUAGAUGUACAGCAUCCUGAUCUGCUAUCUACAAAUCCAUCAAACUUUUCUAUUAUACCGAGAGACUCAAAAACAGAAUGGAUUAUUUAUGUUAAAGGCCUGAGCGCAGGUCAUUUGAUUGUUAGCGCUAAUGUAACCCCUAGUGAUAUCAUUGAUUUCUCCCAAGCGUUUGUUAGAGUAACAAUAGAGAAAUCAGAUACAUUAUAUCACAUCAGUGCUGUGGUUGGAUGGAUAUAUUUUUUAGCAUGGAGCGUAAGCUUCUAUCCACAAAUCUAUAUUAAUUAUAAACGUAAAAGUGUUGUGGGUCUUAAUUUUGAUUACGUAUCACUAAAUCUUGUCGGUUUUCUUAUGUACGCACUGUUCAAUUGCGGCCUGUACUGGAUACCUGAGAUCGAGAAAGAAUAUUUCGAACGAUAUCCAAAAGGCUUGAAUCCUGUACAAAUCAAUGAUAUAUUUUUUUCAUUACAUGCAGUAUUUGCUAGUAUAAUAGUCAUCGGACAAUGUUUUAUUUAUGAGACUGGUAAUCAAAGAGUAUCAACGACUGCACGUAUUAUCCAUGGGAUAUUUGCGACUUUUAUAUUAAUAUCUUUGAUAUUAUCUUCCGUGAAGACAAUCCAAUGGCUAGAUUUUCUCUACUACUGUAGCUAUGUUAAGCUUAGCGUAACGCUUAUUAAAUACGUACCGCAAGCAUUUUACAAUUAUAGGAGAAAAUCCACUGUCGGCUGGAGUAUAGGAAAUGUAUUUUUAGAUUUUACGGGUGGCAUUUUAUCAAUGCUACAGAUGAUACUCAACGCUUAUAACUAUGAUGAUUGGGAGAGUAUUUUUGGAGACCCAACCAAAUUCGGUCUUGGAUUCUUUUCUGUGGCAUUUGAUGUAUUUUUCUUAAUUCAGCACUAUGUUUUGUACAGGAAUCGCGCGGACUAUGCCGAGCUGACCGGCCAUUGCCAGGAGGAGCCCGAGGGCGCGUACAGCGCAUGAAAAUACGAAAAGUCGCUUAUCACAUCGCAAAAUCAUCGUCCCCUUGUCAGAACGCUUAAGAGUAAUACUCGUCGCAACGCACCCUCUUCUCUUCGUCGUACGGCACACGCACGAUAUCCCAUUUGCGUCUCGCGGGAGGAGGACGUGGAUAGCUAUUCACGUCCUCCCGCUCUUCGAUCGGAACCAAGGUCGAAGAGGAUUGACUUACCCAAUCAAAUUAAAUCUUCCGCAGUCUCUCCCGGCAGUCGUGGCACCUCCUUCACCGUCUUGUGGAGACGCACGAUUGCCAAACUCUACCGAUCGAGCCUCCUCUCAGGACGAAUCGCACGCAAAAAGCACCCACCACCCGUGUGUGUACACCGCACCGAAAGAAACGCGUAGACUGCCGGGAUCGGUAGCGUCGAUUACCGCUCAUUUUAAACAUAUUUCGAUAAUCGCAAUUCGAUUGUACGGCAGCGCGCGCAAUCGUCGCCAUUCAUUCGCCGCGCCUGAACGCCACGUGACCGUCCCGAUGGUUCAACUGCGCAGAGCUUCAAGUCGUUGCAUUAAGUCGCUCAUCUCGUCGAUAGUCUCGGCAG